GGUUAUAAGACGAAAAAACAGUAAUAAAUAAAAAAUAAUUAAAAUAAUUAAUAAAAAUUCGCAAGAUCAUGCCCAAAUUGGCAGGAAAAAAAGAACUGAAAAGAGUUCGGUACAAAAGGCGUACAUCGACAAAUCAGUAUAUGAUGUACAUAAACUUAAUGGAAAAAGAUCAGAUAUUUGCCACACAGCGCGUGCCCCGUGAGUUAGAUAAAAGUUAUUUAACCAAUAAAUGGAAGGAACUGGCAUUAGAACUAAAUCAAUGCCAAAAUGGACCUACUUUGACGGCAGAAGAGUGGCGUAAGCGCCUUAGCAAUUGGAGAAAUGCAACGCGCUAUAAAUAUAGACGUAGUGUGUCUGGUGAAAAGAAUAUAUUUCUUACAGCAAUAGAAUUGCAAGCAUUAAAUUUAUUUGAUAAAACACUAUUGAUACCAACAAUGCCGGAACAAAUGUCAUCACAAUUAAAAUGUGCAAAAGAUGCUGAAGAUGAAACAAAACGUACAGCGGAAAUGUUCACAUUGGAAGAAUUACAGGCGGCUUUUGAUGAGCUAAUAGGUAGUGACAACGAUGAUCAGUACGAUGAUAACGAAGAAAUUUUACCAGAUGAGUCGGAAACAAAAGUAGAACAAUCUAAUACGGACAAUGGUUUACUAACACCUUAUCGAACGACUGUUGUUGAGAACACGCCACAUACUAACGAGAAUCCAAACGAAGAGAAUCAAUUAGAGUUCAUCACACAUCGCAAGCAAAUAAUUGAAUCGACUAUUAAUAGCGCCGUACCAGAAAUUGCACACACUGCUCCUGCAACUACAGAGAUAAUAUUAAUAAAUGGCGAUGUACAAUUUCAGAGACUACUGUCACAUGCACCGGAACAAAUAAAAUACGAGGUUAAAGAAGCGCCUAUAAAUCAACAUGAUACUCAAGGCAUUUCGACUAUACAUAGUCACCAAACACAUACACAAGAACAGAUCGAACAUAUACAGGAGGGUGCUCCCAUUGCUGACACUAUCACCAUCACAUCACAGGAUGCAGGUGAGCUAAUACUACAGGUGAAACGUAUUGCAAACAUCAAAUACGAGAAAUUAAAAUUCGAAAUAGAAAAAUUUAAAUUCAAGAAUCCAGAAUUUCAAUACAACAUCCCAGAAUUAUAG